AUGAAGUUCUCAUUCGUUUUCGCCGCCGCCGCUCUCCUCGCUACCGCUCAGGCCGUAGCUAUUCCCUCCACACCAGUCAAGCGAGCGGACAUUGACUGUGAUAAGACUGUCCCUCGCAAUCCCAGCGAAGUUUUGAAGGGAGAGUGCAAGGUGCUCUGUGUUUGGGCCAAGCAGUCCGGAAACUGGAGCGAGUUCGAAGAACAUUGCAAGAAGAACUAA